AUGCCUGACUACACCAGGUAUUAUAUUGCAGGAGCAUUCCUCACCGGAAUAGCUUUAACUACCGCCUGCAAUCGACGCUUGGUAGCAUCCUCAGAAAAUGUCCAAUCUCAAGAUGGACAGAAGCAGCAGCAAAAGCUAUUGUCCAAACUCUCGAAGAUCAAUGAUUUGGAUACAUUGAAGAAGACGUUGGUGGAGCUUGAAAGCUCCUUGGCGAAAGGUGCAGGCCGCGUUGACAUCAAGGAGGGCAUCGAAGGGUGCAUUGGCGACACGCCACUUAUCAAAAUCAAGUCACUGUCAGAAUACACAGGCUGCGAUAUCUUAGUCAAGGCCGAAUUUCUCAACGGCGCCGGCAAUAGCCCAAAAGAUCGUGUUGCUCUCAGUAUCAUCGAAAUGGCUGAAGAAAAAGGGUUGCUCAUUCCCGACUCCGGAGACACCAUCUACGAGGGCACUGUUGGCAGCACUGGCAUUUCGCUAGCUGCGAUUUGCAGAGCACGUGGCUACAAAGCGCACAUCUGUAUGCCAAACGAUAUGGCAGUUGAAAAGUCGGACAUUCUUCUGAAACUGGGUGCAGAAGUGGAAAGAGUCAAGCCAGCACCAAUUGUGGACCAGAAGCAAUUCGUCAAUCUUGCACGAACCCGCGCAGCAGAACACACGGCCUCUACUGACAAGCCGGGACGUGGGCUGUUCGCCGACCAGUUUGAGACAGAGGCGAAUUGGCGCGCACACUUCACCGGUACUGGACCCGAGAUCUACGAGCAAACGGGAGGAUCACUGGAUGCAUUUGUCAGCGGUGCUGGCACCGGAGGAACCAUUUCUGGCGUUGCGCUCUUCUUGAAGUCGCGCCUUCCAGAUGUCAAGAUCGUGCUCGCCGAUCCUCCCGGCAGUGGUCUGUUCAAUCGCGUCAAGUACGGGGUGAUGUUCGAUCGAAAAGAAAAAGAAGGCACACGUCGGCGCCAUCAGGUUGACACGAUUGUUGAGGGCAUCGGCAUCAACCGUGUUACCCACAAUUUCGAUGUUGGGAGAGAGCUCAUUGACGAUGCAAUCAGGGUAACCGACGACCAAGCGACUUCCAUGGCACGCUGGCUUGUUGAACAUGAUGGCAUCUUCGUUGGUAGCUCCAGUGCUGUGAACUGCGUGGCUGCUACGAAGCUCGCGAAGCAACUCGGUCCCGGUCACCGCAUUGUCACAUUGCUGUGCGACAGUGGAGCAAGGCAUCUCAGCAAAUUUUGGGCUCAGACCAAGCCCGUUGGUGGUGCAGAAAACGAUGUGUCUCUUGAGCAAAUUCUCGACACUUAA